GCAAAAGCAGUCACGAAUCGGUAACAAGACCAAAGACUCCUCAACUCUCACUUCAACCUCGUCUGAUUGUGGAACCUGGUGGCCAUCAAAAUCAAUUCAUGUUGCAUGUCAUUCUCAUUGAACAUUCGCCAUUCUCACCAGCAAUCUUGCUUCCAUCUGGGAGCUCAAUUCGAGCCAAGUCGACACCGACACAACUAUCAGCAUGGGAAACCUCAAUGAUCUUGCUUGGUCUGUCUCAUACACAUACAACUACUAUAUCGGCUUCACGAAGGAGACCAAGGUCCCAGAUCACUGGAUCAAGGUAGAUCAUGAAGUCGUCAAGUCCGGCCCCAAGAGGGCUAGAUUCACUUUUGCCAAGAGAUAUGAUGCGCCCAGUCUGUGGACCGAUUUCUCAGGCAACCAACUCGGUUGCAAGUCAUGGCCUUCUAAAGACGACGUUCACACGAUUCAAACUACCAUCUUUGGCCAAGGAAAGUCGUGGGACAAGGCGACGACUUUCGAGCCCUGGGCCUACAACCCAACGGACCCGUCACACAAGUACUCGGUCGAAUGGGACUCCGACUACUUCAAGUGGCUGGUAGCUGACAAGGUCAUGCGCGAGGUUCAGUCUAAGGAUGUACCCGCUGCUCCCUAUUGGACCAUCCAAUGGACUGGAGGCAAGACGGACCUCAAUGGUGUUCCAUACACGGCGUCCAUAAAAGGCGUCAACAUCAUGCACAAGGAUCCUGCUUGCCAGUUCAGGUACAAGGACAAGUCUGGAAAGCGAGACAGCGUCGAAAUCAUCAAGACAGGUUGCUCUGACACUGACAAGGUCGGCGCAGCCACAAAACCAAUGGUCGAAAAGAUGGGCGAGUCCGCGGCGGUUUCUGGACCACCAAUAGAAACUGCUCAGGCUACAAGUGUGGCCUACGUGGCGUCUAGAUACGAGAGCAGCUAUGCAUCCGGCCCUACAACAUCCAGCGCAGCGUCAAGUUUUGCGGCAACAGAUGCGGAAUCCAAUUCAACGAGCAGCAACAGACGCUGUCCCCGGUUAAAGUAG